AUGCAUUUGUUGACAACAGCCGGAAACGCCCCUGGAGCAGCCGAGGACGCCAAAAAGGCAGCAGCUGCAGCCAAGGCAGCAAACCGCCUGACUGAAGUCCGUCUGGUGGUUUUGGGCUGGAGGUGGCCGGGGAAGAGCCUGACUGGAAACACCAUCCUUGGCCGAGAAGAGUUUCAUCUGGAGCGAGCGGCUGAGUUCUGCGUGAAGCGACAGACGGAGGCGCAGGGCCGGCAGGUGAUCGUGGUGGACACUCCGGGCUGGUUCUCCUCCCAGGACACUCCACCCUCAUACAAACAGGAGUUAGUGAGGGGGGCCUCUCUUUGCCCUCCAGGUCCACACGGCUUCCUGCUCGUCAUCCCCGUGGGCAUGUUCUCAGACAUGGACCGCGCUCGCAUUGAAGAACACGUGAGCCUGUUUGGUGAGCAUGUUUGGAAACACACGGUCGUGGUUUUCACCUGGGCGGAGGUGUUGAAGAACAUUUCAAUCGAGAGGUACAUUCGCAGGGAAGGCAAGGAGCUGCAGUGGGUGCUGGAAAAGUGCAAGCGAAGGUACUUUGUUAUUAAUAACUGCAUAUUCGGGGAGCAUCCCCAGGUGGGGCGCUUGCUGGAGAAAGUGGAGAAGAUGGUGGCAGAGGAGGGAGGCUACUACAACCCAGAGGAGGUGACGAAGGAGAAGAAACCUCUGGAUGAGAACCAGAAUCAAGCCAGAGAGGGGCGUGAGCUCGGGGCACGGCCCAAACAAAACUCUGGGCUGAGUUUGUCCAAAGCCAUGGAGGUGGAGGCGCUUUCCAAUUAACGAGACCCUUUUUGGCUGAUGGAUCCUCUAAACCACAACGAACGGAGCAUCUGCAUCACUGCUCUGAUGGCGAAGCUGCUUAUUUGACAGGAAAGAAAAGGGUGACUGAAAUUUCACCGAAUGUACAAACCCGUGUGAUUUAUUUAUUUUUCUAAUCAGAUAUGUUACUGUGUGUUUUAGUCGUGUUUGUUCUUUAUUAAUUUUCGGGAGGCCUUGCCACCACGCCUUCACACCCUUUUUGAUGCUGUCAGAGAUUUAUAAUCAGCUCUUUGAACAUGUGAAGAUAUUUUAUUCUUUAGGUUUGGAAGAUGUUUUUAGGUCGUUGUAGUUUCUCGAGGGUUGUGUGACGGGAGGGAUCUAAUUUAAUCCAAAAACAAGGAAGCACAAGCUGUUACACAUGUAAUCCAAAGUGUACACUCCUUAUUCUUGGCGGACGCCAACGACAGAACUGCACUACUAAAUAGUUACUAUAAUACUCAGUCGGUGACUGUUGAGGGAAUUGCUUUUUUAACGAUUCCCAUUUGUUGUGACCAAAUUGUAAAUUCUUUACUCGUGUUGCGAUGUUUAUUAUACUCAGUGCACAGUUAUAAAGUGCUGUUAUUGAUUUGUGUGUUGCCUUAAAGCAGUGAUUUUGUUUCCCUUAAAAUGAUCUUUCAUGAUGUUUUUCACACUUUGUGGCAGAGGGAUAGAUUUGAGGUAAGGAUACGCUGCAGCGAUCAGUCGAUCAUUACUAUUUUGAUAAUAGAUUAAUAGUUAAACUCUUUGAAAUGUAAGCAAAUUUGUUUAAUUUCGUUCAAAAUCAUGGGAAGAAGGCAAUGAGCCAUGGAAGAAGAAACGACCCCAAAAUUA